AUGUCCAGCGAGAAGACCAAGACCGCUUCCCAGACUGACGGCAAGGCCGCCCAGAGCAAGAAGUCCGAGAUGGGAAUGAUGUCCUACAAGAUGUACGUGUUCGACCAGGAGAACUUCCAGGGCCGCAUGAUGGAGAUCAGCAACGAGUGCAUGAACGUCUGCGAGAUGGGCAUGGACCGCGUGCGCUCCCUGCGUGUGGAGUGCGGACCUUUCGUGGGUUUCGAGCAGAUGAACUUCUGUGGUGAGAUGUACAUCCUGGAGAAGGGCGAGUACCCCCGUUGGGACUCCUGGAGCAACUGCCAGAAGAACGACUACCUGCUGUCCUUCAGGCCCGUGAGGAUGGACCCCGAGAAGCACAAGAUCUGCCUGUACGAGGUCGGAGAGUUCAAGGGCCGCAAGAUGGAGAUCAUGGACGAUGAUGUCCCCAGCAUGUUCUCCUACGGCUUCACCGACAGAGUUGGCAGCAUCACCGUCAGCUGCGGAACCUGGGUGGGAUACCAGUUCCCCGGAUACCGUGGUAGCCAGUACCUGCUGGAGAAGGGCGAGUUCAGGCACUUCAACCAGUACGGCGCCCGUCACCCUCAGUUCCAGUCCGUGAGGCGUAUCCGCGACAUGCAGUGGCACCAGCAGGGCUGCUACACCAUGUCCAGCAAGUAA